AUGGUGAAGGACGUGACCCUGGAUUUUGUUCCUUCCAAUUACUGUAGCUGUAGCUGGUCUACUGAUGGAAAAAUUGCUCUUUGCAGUGGUGACAAAGUGCAAGUACUGAUUCCGGACGUGUCCGUAUCGGGUGCUACUUUUGUAAAAGCUCAUGCAGCAUUAAAUCAAGAUGACUCACUUUCACUUGUUCAUUUGUCACCUGUGGACCUUCGUGUUGGUGACCUCCUUGGUUCUGUCGUCUGUAAAGCAUUGGCUUGGUCGCCGAUGGGACUUUCGGACAACUAUGGCCGUAGGCUUCACAGCUUAGCUUGGUCGCCGGCGGCUCACCUACCAGAAUUCGAUCCUUGGGGAGUGUCAAUAUUUGCUGUGGGUAACGAAAAUGGUCAAGUACUGUUGGCCGAAAUGUUUCAUGGCACGGCACCUAGUUUCAAAACUAUAAAUCUAAGUUGUUCAUGGAUAAAGCGUUUAGCGUUCUCUUCAUGGUAUCCAAAAGGAAAUUCCACAUACUGCCUGUUGGUUUGUGCAUCUGCGCUAGGCGGGUUAUACAUAUUGCAAGUGGUAAUUGAUGGGAUAACACACAAAAUUUCUGUCACUGUACAAACAAUUCUACAGCAAGAACGCUCGUAUUCUACUUUGGCUCCUUCACUAACAUGGACGCCUAUUGUUGAUGGUUGUCAGUAUUUGGUAGUCAUACAAAGUAACCGGUGCUUUUACGUUUGCCAUAAACCGACUACAAACCAGCUCUUUCCCGUUGUUGAAAAAUCACUUAAGUUCUGUUCGCGAAUUGCGGGUGUCUCAGUUCAUCUUUCUGCCGCGAAUGAAUUAAUCAUAUUCGUGCUGAGUUCAGAUGGUGAAUGUGAAGUUAUAUCUUUAAAUUCUGAAACCAUUUCACAAAGUGUUCUUGAGGAUCUUUCCGUCUUAAUGAAGUUUUUUGCGUCAAAACUUCGAUGCUAUGGCGAACAUGAAGAAGACAACCGUGAUGUAUUUAUGGCAUAUGGAUUCGCACCAUCACCACAUGCAUCUUUCGCCGCUGUUCACUUCGGUAUUGCUCUUCCACAUGAACUGAGAUACACGAUUAAUGCCUAUGAGCGUAGUUAUUUAACAGUGUCAACACCUUGUUCUAACAAAAAACAAAUAUUAAAACGAAUCCUAAAGGACGCCUUAGAUUCAUUUAUUAUCUGGCCUUCCGAAGGAAUAUUAUGGGAGCUUGCAACACUGCAGGCAACCACAAAACGACAGCCGGAUGUUGUCAAUCUUCUUCAUGAAUCUGUCAAACCACUAGUCCCAACAGAUUUGUCAGCUACAUUUACUCUCCCUCCUGGAAAUGCCGGCGUACUUAUCAUAACAAAUUCUUUCUCAAACUUAUCGUGGAAUGCAAUGCGCUUACUUUAUGGCUGGAGCGUUUACUUCGAUAAGGAACCUAGUGCGGAAAUGCGAACAAUGUUACGAUUUACAUUAAUAUUCACUGUUCUACAAUAUGUGAUAUAUGAAGUGUCUAAAUCACCGCUUUUUUUAACUAGCAACUGCAGAAAGAUUCUGAAGUGCUAUUUAGCUGAUGGCUAUAAGGAGUAUGGGGAUAAAGAUGCAGCUGUCAAAUUAUUCAGCAAGGUUGAAAAGAUACUUUCCUCUUCAGAAAAUCACAACGAAUACUGUCCUGCUUGCAACUCAAUCAUUGAAUUCCAGGAUCCAGUAAACGCAACUUGCUCAAAAGGACACGUCUGGCGACGCUGUGCACUUACAUUCUUACCCCUUUCCGGUAUCGAUACUCGGUACUGUGGAGUAUGUCGCUCGGCGUACAGCGGAAUGUCCAUAAUGCCAGAAGAACACUGUUUAACGGGUUUUCUUCUCACAAAAUUUAGUCUUUGCUAUUACUGUGGCGGUAGACUUUUAGGAGAGUAA